AUGGAAUUGCUGCGGCAGCAGUUUGCCACGCAACUCUUCCGCGAAGCAAAAGCCUUCCAUUCUAAGCGAUCGCUUUCUCCCUUGGACACUGAGUGGCUCUCCUCCGCCACCCUCGAGGAUGAUCGAUCAGAAUUGGUGCAGCGCUUGCGGGCCUUGCAGUCCCGAGUGCAGCAAGCAGAGGCAUCCUUUGUAGAGGCCAGCGAUGAACUUCUGGAGGAGAUCCGUGAGAUGACGGCAUCUUUGAAUGAGAUCUCAGCUGUGGUGCCCAAAUGCGCUGCGCGCCUUUGCUUUCAGGUGGAGAAGGCCCUGGCGGAGCUGGAAAGUCGAUUUCAGGCUGCACGGCAAGUGGAAAAAGAAGAAGUUGGAACCUCCCUGCCGGUGACAGGCGGUCACACAGCGGACAUUCUCCGGCUUUCUUGUGAACAAGCAGAUGCUGUGGAACAUCCGCACAGCUUGUUCCUUCAAGGUCGUUCGGGUACUGGCAAGACACUUGUGUUGAUCCAUCGCAUCAUUGGCCGAAGGGAGAAGGCGGAGAAGGAGGGAAGGCCAAUGCCAUCUCAGCUCUUCGUCACGAAAUCGCUUCUGUUGAAAGACAGCGUGGUGCAACAAUUGAGCUCAGCAGGUGUCCCUGUGACCUCUGUGAUGGGGUCGGUGGCAUCGCCUCAGUCUGGCGUGAUGUGCCUUUCAUGGAACCAGCUGGCGUCUCAUUUUGGAGCAGGAUCAGCCAUGAGCUUUUCGGUCUUUGAAGUUCAGAUCUUUCCGAGCCUGCAGGCUGCCUGUGGUGGCUUGUCGGCCCUCUCCGCCAAGACUGUGUGGACUGAGUUUACUUGUGCAUUGCGGCCCUUCACUGGUUGGCACUGGAACGGAAUCAGCCUAGACGACUACCUGAAAAACGAGGUGAGCGGGCAAGGUGUUCAACUCACACCUAGCAACCGGCGUGCCAUCCACCGAGCCUUCUCUAUGUACACGAUCAUCAAGGAACGCACUGGUCAGCGCGAUGAAGUCGAUGCUGCGAUGACACUCCGUGACCUGCUAUCAAACAGAUCGUGGUAUGACGAGGUCUACGUGGAUGAAGUGCAGGACUUUGCCCCCGCCCAACUCUCGGCGUUUAUUCAGAUGUGCCGGCGCCCAGAUGGCUUCACCGUUGCGGGGGAUACCUGUCAAACGAUCAAUCCAGGGUGUGCCUUUUGCUUUGCUGACAUCAUUGAUGCACACAGGAGGAGCCAAGAGUUACAAGGACCGGGCGAUCGACUGGGCGAGGUCGACUGGGCCAAGGCCAACCUUCAAGUCUUGCGCUACAACUACCGUUGUGCGCCUGGCAUUCGGGUCUGGGCCAACACCGUCACGGGGCUUCUCUUCUCUCGCUUUCCUCGAUCCUGUGAUCACAUCGAAGAGAUUGGUGAGGCCAAAGUCCAGGAGAUCUUUUUGACCACUAAGAUCCCUGGCCCUAUCGGCAGGAAUGCCACGCACCAGAUGAUCCUCACUGAGACCUUGCCAAAGCACCUUGCCGGCAAAGCUGCGCACUUCAUUUGCGUGUUACGGAGGCUCGGGAUGGACUAUGUGGAUUUGGUCCUCAUCCACUACCCAUGUGCAGACCUCAAGGACUUCCCCAACAAAUGUGGCGCCGCGCAGCACGCUGAGCGCCUCGACACCUGGAUCGGCGUGAGCAACUACAAUGCCGAGCAGGUUGAGGAGGUGAUUCAGGAGUUCAAAGAGGUUCCUGCUGUGAACCAGGUUCAAUUUCAUUUGGCCUAUCACAAUGAGACUCUCUUGAAGUCCGGCGUCAGACUUGAGGCUUGGGCGUCCUUGGCCGGGCCCACGGCCUCCUACCAGCAGGUGCCCAGCAUCUCCCUCACCGACCCGCGCUUGAUGGCCCUGGCACAGCGCUACGGUGUCAGCAGCGCGCAGGUUGCCAUUCAGCACUCCAACAAGUUUUCCGAGCAAAAAAUGGCCAGCUUGUCCAUGGAACUAUGCCGCAAGAUCAUCUGGCGUGUAGCAGAGCAGACAACGUCAUGGGAGCACUUUUUGGGAUUUGAGCUGCUUGGUGACAACAGAAGGCGGUCCAAGAUUAGGCAGGCGCGUGAGCCUGCGAAAGAGCAAAGAAAGUCUGCGCGCCAGAGGAAGAAGGCCUAUGCUAUGGAAAGUGCCAUUCAGCUUCUCUUCGGUGAGUUCGCCUUCUUCGAUUUCAAUCUUCUUUUCCUUCUCCAGCACCAGGCUGGUCAAAAGCAUGCGAAGGAAAUCGAAGAGGAUGAGCCUGAAGAGAGGUCAGAGAGUCAAUUCCACUUGCUUUGCGGCUUUUCGCAGAUCCCAGACAAGCUGAAGGCCGGUUCGAAGUUAGGGCCAAGCAGCUGGCAACUCCUUCCAAUGCUCUUGGAGCGCUUGGUGCAAGUGCACCGUGCAAGGUUAUACGGAGACGCCUUGUUGGACACUGUCUCUUGCAGCUUGCGUCCAAUGAUCACCCCGAUCUCGGCUUGCCUCACCCUCGAUGUCCUUCGGCUCGAGCGCACCAUCUCCGUGCUCUUCUCGCCGUCGAUCACGCUGUCAGCUUCCACGGUGGAACUCCGCUGGGAGACACAGAAGGGCGUCGUUCCCAUCACAGCCACUUGUACCAAGGCGCACGUGCUGGGUGACCUGGACAUCUUCAACUUCACCCUAUCGGCCCAGGACAUGGAAUACUUGGACAGAUUGAUGCCCACGGAGAUGGAGGAGUAUGUGGUGGCCGGGUACGUGGAAGUCUGUCCUGGAGAAGGGCCGCGCUACGGAGACCGUAAAUGCAACCACGACAGCACUCAUCGAGUUUGUGCCAAGCUGCUGGACGCGUCAGGGAAGCCGUUGAUUUGGGGUGAAGGAGACUUCUGGGAGAUCACCAGUCAGAAACGCUUUCAGUGGGAUGGUGUGAUUCGGGCAAACGGAGGGGAUAGCUGGUGCAUUUGCAUGUGGGCUUUUGCGCGCAUGGUGGAAGCAGUUGGGUGUGAACAUGUCCACUUGCGCUGCAACGCCACGGAUGUCGAUUUUGUCCUGGCCAGCUACCAGGACAGAGGCGUGACAGGUCGUGUGCACGACCUUACGGAUGCUCAUAGCUGCAUGAAGCAGAAGUGCUUGGAGGCCGACGGCGGGUUUGCUCACGCUCCUCACGCUCAAGCUGCCCAAGCUUCGGCACCGCGCGUCUGGCACUUCAGUGCUGUGAAAGACGACCGGCUGCCUGGGCCAUGGCGCCUUGCCAUGGCGAGAGCUUGCCACGUGGCGGGGGGACCGAGCGAAGACGUGGAGGCCGUUUGGCUCUUGUCCUCGCCUCAGAGACGGAGGUCCUUCGACCAACGUCCUGCGGAUCGAAGCGAGUGCUCGGCAGGACCGGUGCGUGGACUACCGCGCAAGGUGGAGCGCUUUGUGCUACAGCUGGAUGAUAGUGAGACCACGGAAGAGCUGGCCUUGGCGGUGCAGGUCGGCUUAUCCGCGCGCGAACAGGCGGGCGAGCUGGGGCGCAUGGCCGGGGCCCGUUUGGCCCGCUGGGCCUCGCUGCUCGUCCUCGUCUCCGCCACGGUGGUGCUCGACCGUCCCGACUCGGAGUACCAGGGCCAAGCAGAGAAUUGUACCAAGCUCUUCGUCGAUUCCACUCCCUUCGAUGAACUUCCGGAGGGUUUGAAUCAGAAAGUGCACCCGAGGAAGAAGGGCUUGGAGUCCGCGCAGAUGUUGACCGUUCGGGCCGUGUUCUACGAGCCGCGGCCUGUGGGGUUGAACCCCAGCAAGGACAACGACCUCUACACCUCUGCGUUCAGAAACAUGCACGAGAGGGAUCUCUACAUUAUGCGGAGGAUUCUGAAGGCCAACGCGGUGCGACUGGCACCGUGGGAUCCAGCUCAGGAUCACUCGGGUUUCCUGAAGCUUUGUCAAAAAUAUGGCUUGUAUGUCAUUCCCUCGUUCGACUUGAGCUUCUUCCUCAGCGAGAGUGCGAGGCUGACGACAGCCUUUGGCUUGCGGGCCAAGGAGGUUUGGGAAGGAUUUCAGAAGUUCAUGGUGCAGGCGCUGCAGGAUGCCGAGAAGAUGGAAGGGCUCAUUCUCAUGUGGAGCGUCAACUUCGGGCUCAAUCUGAAUGAAACCACGGACGAGGGGCCGCGGUCGCCGGCCGCCACCUCCCUGAUUCGCGACGAGUAUUUUGAGCUUUUGCGUGCCGUGCGUGAAGCGCAGUGGGUCCAGGAGUGUGGGUCUUCCAGACUCUCAUGCCCACAGAAGCGCUUCAAGCGACCCUUAGGCAUUCCGCUCCUGCUGGAUUCUGUCUUACGCUUAGACAAUGUGGGCUGGUACAUCGGCUUCGCAGAGACAAUCUGGGGAACCUGGCCCACUGACGAGCUCUCCUUAGCCAUCAACGAAUCCUCCUUCAAUCAGCUGCGCCCCUUGGGGGCCUUCGAUGUGUGGAUUGCAGAAGCCCAGCCGCCCACGGGCAGGUUGGGUCAAAAGGAGCUCCUAGGUCAGCUCUCUUACUUUAAUGCGACAGUUGGCGAUAGUGACAGCGGCUAUGAGUGGAAGGAUUUGUCCACCCAAACCCUGCAGAACCCUGAGGGUGCCACUUUAUGCAAAGGAUGCACCUACCCGACGCAAAAGCUGGUCUUGGCGCAGUACGGCUUCGCCGCUGAGGCGCCCCUCUAUGGCUCGGCCACAGAGUCUGUCGACCCAGCUUUGCAGCAGAGGCUCACAGGCGAAGUCUACGCGGAGGUCCUGAACUCCAGUAGCUGUGCCGAGGGCGGAUUCAUCAUCGACGAGUGGGUGGAUGAUUGGGGCCGGUCGGUGAAGAGAAGCUGUCCGGGCAGUGUCUUUCAGCACCCUCACCAGGGACCUUGCGAUGAAGUGCGGCCAGGGCGCACCAUCAACCAGGAGUGGUUUGGCCUAAAUGGUCAGUACACCUUCCUGAGCUUCCACUGCCUUGAUCCGCGCUAUCAUCGAGAGCAUCCCACCAAGGGUUCCACUAUCGGGUCAUUGGGUUUUCGCUUCGAACAAAUGAUUGACCCUGAAUCAGCGGAAGAGAUGAUUUGGAAGCAGUUGCCUGGAGGCUAUUGUGCCGUCAUGCAUGAGAGCUGGUGGCUUCUCCUUCUCAACGUCGGCUUACUGUUGUGUGGUGCCUGCCUGGAGAUCUUCUACUUGUGUCACUGUUGUUGCUUCCGCAAAUCUGGGCGCCCGAAUGUGAGCCGACCCUUGGGGCGUCUUCAACAGGCUGGCAAUGGCCUACUGGAUGCCGAGUGCGGCGAAGGAAGGGAUGUCAUCUCCCUGGAGUUGGGCUGUGUCGCGGCUGCGCCCAACGGCUUCGAGGUGGCAACUGCACAGGCAGAGGUCUUCAUUCCGCUGCCCAUGCAGAUCGUGGGGGAAGCCAAUGUACAGGUGCAGUUGAACCUCCGCGCCUCAGUCGUGCGAGAAGGGAAGGUGCAAUUUACCACGGAAGCGCUUAGAUUCUUCGCGGAAACGCAUGCGAAGACGCAAUCUAGACGACUGAGGCUCCAGGUGGAGGCUGAGGCUAGAGCAGUGGAUGAGGAGGGCAAUGGCUUAGCAGAGUCCGAGUGCAUCAAAAGAGCGAUGGUGCACAUUCACGCGCGCGUCUUGGAAGGCUACUUAGCGUGGCUUGAAACACAGCGGGACUUGAGGGAGAAGGACUUGCAGUUGAAGGCUUUGCUGGGUGACAACGACGUGGAGCGGCCUCUUUGGAUGCUCUUCACUGAAGCGGUGCUGCUGCGCAUCAUCGAGAGCCUCUCCGAGCACGCGCUGCACGCCCCUGAGUAUUUGGCCAUGAUCUUCCACCAGCUUCGCUGGGCGCAGCCGAACGACGACCGCACCGCGAUGUUGCGGGAGGCGACCUCGUUCACCUUGGACUGUGACUUGCUCCAUGCGGGGGUGGACGAAAUGCGGAAGAACACCAACCCUUUCACAGGUGGAAUCAACUUCGAUGACAUGAACGACUUGGGUGAAGCCAGGGUGCUGGAUCAGCAGCGCAUCCAGAAGACUUUCUUGGAAUCGGUGUCCUGGAGGGUCCUGUAUGACUUGCUGGACAACUUUGGCCCUGUCUUCACCAUCAAGUUGUGGGUCUUUUUCCUGGCCUUCUACGUCCAUCUGGGCAGCCUUGCGGACCAGAACGACAGCUUCUUCGCGCCUCGCAAGAGCCGCUCCGAUGCUGUGCAGGUCAUGGCCCUGUUGGAUGCCACGCUGUUGGUGCUAGCGGAGCUGGGCCUGCUUUGGCACGGCCUCUCGCAACGUCGCCUGUGCCGCAGCCCCGGGCGCUUCAAGUCGCGCGUGAAGCGCGCGCACCGACUUUGGACGCGCAGGCGCUUCAUGUCCUUGAUCGUGGGCGUGGUGAGCCUUGGAGCCAUGGUGGUGGUGGGCCAGGUGGGGCAGAACUUGUGCAACUUGACGCCGCAAGAGACCUUCUCCAAGAACCCGGACUGCAGUGAUCCGACGGCCUUGAGCUUUUGUGCCGGCUAUGCGGUGGUCCGACUGUUCUUCUUCUUGCUGAUUACCCGACGCACGGACAUCCCCUUUGUCCAUGGGUCGCCGAAGAGCCUGCAGAAGCAACGUGCUUGGAGCACGCCUGAUGCGAACCUCUCGCAGGAUGGAACCAACAGCGCGGCCUCCUUCAUGACGGUGGUCUCCGACCCACCCAUUGGGCCCAUUGGAAAGGAGGGGAAGGGCAGCGCUCCCUUCUUUGUGUGGCUCUUCGUGCUGCUUUUGUGCUUUGCCUUUGAGGUAAUCUUUGUGGCGCCGUUGGUCUCAGGCUUUUCCUUCAGCGGCUUUUGUGGAGACUCCUGCUCCGACCGGCUCUUCGCCUUCUCUGCCGACCUAGAAGGCUUCACGGUCCACCCCUUUCCUUCGGAAUGCGUGGCCUGUGUGCUCUCUGUCAUGACGAUCUACCUCUUGGUGGGCAUGACGGCCUUCCUGGACCUGCACUUCCUUUUCUACUUGGUGAUCGGGAUCGGUGGCUAUGCCAUGGGUGAGCACCGGGGCUUGCGCAAUGUGGCCUCCUCUGCCCUCAGGCGCAAGAUGGUAGUGAAGGAAGAGCACCAGGAGAUACCAGGAGUGUGUUAG